AACUCUACGUGAACUACGUUGAAUGCAAAGUGAAAACAUGUCGGCAUCCGAGGAAUCGAUUAAGGAGUCGACAGAGAGCGAUGAGGUUGUAAAUGAAUCCGAAGUAAAACGUCCAACCACAACGGAUAAAGGUGAUGCAGGUGACAUUGCAGCUGUAUCUACCGAUAAGACGGGGACCAUGGGCGAGUUGGCGUCUUUGUUGCCUUUGCAGCAGCUGGAAACGCUUGGAACCAAAGCUGUGGAGGAGAGCGAAAGACUAGCCUCUCCUUCUUCUUGCACGUCUGGCAGGGAAGCCACAGGUCAAGCAGCCAAGACAUCCACCUGCCCCUCUCUGCUCUCCCUCUCCUCAUCGUCCUCAGCCUCCUCUCUUCUCUCCUCCUCUCCUUUGUCCACAACCUCAUCCUCCCCUCUUGUUCGAGCCAAAAUGAGUGUCUCUGGUCCGGGCAGUAGUAAGGCUCUCCUACUACCUCCUUCAUCCUCUCCACCUCUCGUCUCUGCUCCGCCAACCAAGGUCCACCGUGCUCGCAAGACCAUGAACAGACCACCCAUAUCACAAAUGAGGUGCAUUGAGUCACCAGUUAUGCCAGUCCAACCUUCAGAGCCCACCAUCAGCUUCACCACAGACAAUGAUACUGCCAAAAGGAGAAGGCUGGGCCUGGCCUCGGAGACCACACCUGAGAGGGCAGAGAAUGUUCUGGAGAAAGAGAAGAAGACAAACCAUCUGGCCCAUGGAAAAGGUAUGGAGCUGGUUGCCACAGCUACCUCUGGUCAACGACGCAACUGGUUGGAAGGUGCAGAUGAAGAAGAGCUUCUCUCCUACAAACGUCACACCAGAGAUGACACAGGAAAUAAGUCUGAAAAUGGGGGGGUGGUUAAAAGGCUCCAUGAAGGUGGUUUGGAGGAAUCGGACCUUUCUGACAAACGAGCCACCUCUCUGCAACAGCCUGCAGAUUGUGAUCCUAAGAGGAGGGGCCAGGGCAGCAAGGGGCGGAGUGAGUCGCCAUGGACACACCCAGGGCGGGGCAAAGGGAGAGAAAGAACUGAAGGGGUGGAGACAGUGGGAGGUUCUGCAGCUGCCACUCCUGGAGGGAACAGUGACUACACAGAGGUUCCCCUGGGGGCUCUGGACAUCUCUGCUGCCGACAGUCUCACCCUCUCACCACACCACGAGGGCAGUGAUGGUGGGGAGACAGAGCGUCUGGAGGAGCUCCCGCUGUGUAGCUGCAGGAUGGAAGCGCCUCGUGUGGACGGGGCCAGCCAACAGGCCAACAGACAGUGCAUGGCCACGGAGAGCAUCAAUGGAGAGUUGGUGGGCUGUACCAACAUCAUCGUCAAGAGGGAGACCAUGCGUCCGUCCAGUCGAGUGUCCCUUCUGGUUUUGUGUGAGAGUCACCGGUCGCAUAUGGUCAAACACCACUGCUGCCCUGGCUGUGGAUACUUCUGCAUAGCGGGCACCUUCCUGGAGUGCUGUCCAGACCAUCGCAUUGCCCAUCGCUUCCACAGGGGGUGUGUGUCUGUGCUGGGGGGUGGGCGUGCCAGGGGGAUGGGCACGGGCAUGCUCUUCUGCCCCCACUGUGGCGAGGACGCCUCCGAGGCCCAGGAGGUCACCAUCCCUCCCUCCGCCGCGGCGUCGGUGGUGACCACCUCAGCCUCCUCGACCACAACGCCGUCCAUCCCGCCCGCCGUCCCCCCCGCCCUCUCCCUGGCAGCGUCCACGGGGGCCGUGAAGAACGGGAAGAGGCCCGAGGGCCCCGUCAGUGCCCGGAUGCGUGGGCGUGGGGUGGUGAAGCGGGACUCUGAGCUGCAGCCGAAUCCCCAGCCGCCUCCAGGCUCAGCCUCUCCAGAGGGGGCGCCCCUCCCAGCGGAGGGGGGAGUAGACAGUGUGGGACCCUCCAUCUGCCUACCCAACGGCAAGCCUGUCUGCCCCAGCGCUCUUCCACCAGGGCCCAGCAGGGCGGCGCUACAGAAGGCCUUUCUCACCCAGGACACAGAGAGGAGGAAGAAACUGAGGUUCCACCCCCGCCAGCUCUAUCCAGCCGCCAAGCAGGGGGAGGUGCAGAGAGUUCUGCUCAUGCUCAUGGACGGCAUAGACCCAGCCUACCAGGCUGACUCGCAGAACAGGCGCUGUGCGCUCCACGCCGCAGCCCAGAGAGGCUUGCUGGAGGUCUGCUACAUGCUUGUGCAGGCGGGCGCUAAAGUAGACGCCCAGGACAAAGCCCUGAGGACGCCACUCUUGGAGGCCAUAGUCAACGACCACGUGGAGGUGGCCAGGUACCUGGUGCAGAGUGGAGCCUCUGUCUAUCACACGGAGGAGGAUGGCUACACUGGGCUGCACCACGCGGCCAAGCGGGGCAGUCUGGCCAUCGUGACCCUGCUGCUGGAGACGGGACAGGUGGAUAUAAACGCACAGGUGGGGGAGAGCGAGUGGGGAACGGUCUUGGGCUCUAGACAGGGUGGCAGCAUCAAACAAGACAGUGGAGGCUGGACCCCCAUCAUCUGGGCUGCAGAGCACAAACACGUGGAGGUCAUCCGAGCCCUGCUCAACAGAGGAGCUGACGUCACCAUCAAAGACAAGGAGACGAAUGUCUGCCUCCACUGGGCGUCGUUCGCGGGCAGCGUGGAGAUCGCUGAGCUGGUGUUGAACGCCGGGUGUCCGCUCACCUCCGUCAACAUGCACGGGGACACGCCCCUCCACAUCGCCGCCAGGGAGGGCUUCCUCGAGUGUGUCACGCUCUUUCUGUCCAGGGGGGCCGACAUCGACAUUAUGAACAGGGAAGGGGACACGCCUCUCACCUUGGCGCGUCCUGAUUCGCCAGUUUGGGUGGCGCUCCAGAUUAACAGGAAGUUGCGGAGGGGGAUAGCCAAUCGCAUGCUUCGAACGGAGAAGAUCAUCUGCAGUGACGUGGCCCAGGGCUACGAGAACGUGCCCAUCCCCUGUGUGAACGCCGUGGAUGACGAGGGCUGCCCCUCGGAUUACAAAUACGUCUCGGAGAACUGUGAGACCUCAGCCAUGAACAUCGACCGCAACAUUACACACUUGCAGCACUGCAGCUGCACAGAUGACUGCUCCUCCAGUAACUGCCUAUGUGGACAGCUCAGCAUCCGCUGCUGGUAUGACAAGGACCAGCGGUUGUUGCAGGAGUUUAACAAGAUCGAGCCUCCUCUCAUAUUCGAGUGUAACCUGGCCUGCUCCUGCUACCGCACCUGCAAGAACAGGGUGGUGCAGGCUGGCAUUAAAGUGCGUCUGCAGUUGUACCGGACAGAGAAGAUGGGUUGGGGGGUACGGGCUUUACAAGACAUCCCCCAGGGAAGCUUCAUCUGCGAAUAUGUUGGGGAGCUGAUCUCUGAUGCAGAGGCUGAUGUAAGGGAAGACGACUCGUAUCUCUUCGACCUGGACAACAAGGACGGGGAGGUGUACUGCAUUGACGCUCGUUACUAUGGCAACAUCAGCCGUUUUAUCAACCACCUGUGCGACCCCAACAUCAUCCCGGUGCGAGUGUUCAUGCUGCACCAGGAUCUGCGCUUCCCCCGCAUCGCCUUCUUCAGCUCGCGGGACAUCCUCACAGGGCAGGAGUUAGGGUUCGACUAUGGAGACCGAUUUUGGGAUAUUAAGAGCAAAUACUUCACUUGCCAGUGUGGAUCAGAGAAAUGCAAACACUCUGCAGAGGCCAUCGCCUUGGAGCAAAGCAGGCUUGCACGGCUGGAGGCUUGCCCAGAAUCAGGAUCUGACCUUGGGCUUACAAUGCUAGGAAACUCCUAGGCAUCGCUUGAGGCCUGUAGCAUGUUCUGUUAGCUAUUUUGUCAUGUUACUUUAAUUUCCCUGUCAGUGUGUGCAGUUACUGUUUAGAUGAAUCGCACAAGUGAGGCCUUCAUACCUUUGUACGGGACGUGAAAGACUAGGACAAUAAAUACAGUAUAUCUUUACUGUAAUGGUGCUCUGCUCUUUUGCAAGAAAAAUCAUUCAGUUGCACAGCUAUACUAUGAAAUACCAGGUGUGCUAAGGUUUUUGCUGUGCCAAAUAGCGCAGUGUAUUUUAUGGAACUCUACAGGAACACAUCAGUCCACUGCUGUGAAACUCAUUACAUUAUGGAACUAAGGGUUGCAUUAAGGUCAUAUUCAGUAUGUCUGCUUCAUGUUUUUUUAUAUAUAUAUACAUGCAUUUGUUUUGUUCAAAAUGUAAUAAAUUUGAGUAUAAAUUG